UUCAAUGUACUGUUUUAUCAAGAAAUGAAAUAGUACUGAUAUGUUAUUGCUCUAGAGAUUCAUUUACUUCAGUGCUAAGUACUGGUAGCCUAGAAGAAAGAAUAUGUAUAUAAAAAAAAGAUGCACUAUUUCAUUGAUAUUAAGCUAGGCGUACCCCCGCAGGUGGUGUCCGAAAAAGGCCUCAAGCGGAGAAGUUGGGGAGGCGACCCAAGAGGAAGGAAAAAUCUCAAUGCUCGCAAGUUGCACAAGUGUUCAUAUUGUAAUUACAUCACAAACAAGACCACCAAUCUCACCAGACACAUUCACACUCAUACAGGAGAGAAACCCUUCUCAUGUCCAUAUUGCUCAUUCAGAGCAACCCAAGAAGACAACAUUAAAUCGCACAUACGCACACACACAGGAGAGAAACCUUAUACUUGCUUACACUGCCCUUAUCGCUCUUCUAGGAAGUCCAACCUCAACAGCCACUUGUUGACCCAUCAUCCAGAACUACAGUCUCAUCACAUUGAUAUUCAAACUCAUCAUCCAGAUGAUCAGGCACUCCAUUCAGACGAUCAGAGUCAUCAUUCAGAUGUAGUGGAGUUGGAUAGUGACGGUGAGAGGACAAGGUGGGGAGGAGACGCAGUAAGAACGAAGAAAAACACAGGGAAGAUGCAUAGAUGUUCAUACUGCAACUACGUCACUAAUAAGACCACAAAUCUGAUAAGGCAUAUCCACACUCACACUGGAGAGAAACCCUUUUCUUGUCCAUACUGUCCUUACCGAGCAACUCAGGAAAACAACAUUAAGUCCCACAUCCGCACGCACACAGGAGAAAAGCCUUACAAGUGUCCACAUUGUCCAUAUUGUUCAUCACAGAAGUCUUCCUUGAGGAAUCAUAUCCUUACUCAUCAGAACAACACAAAUUGUACACAGACUUGUAUGAAUUUUAGAAUGAAGACUGUACAGAUUUUUUUCAGACUGUUUUAUUUUGAAAUUCAAGGAAGUGGAGGUAGAGGACUUCUUGAGAUAUACUCAAGCUUACCGCACACUCCAGACUCUACAGCCUCCGUCUACGCGUCGUCCUGCAAACCGCACUGCGUGCUCAACAGACCAGCACUCACGUCAUCGUGCAUACAGGCAACAAUGAGACAUCAGAUCGACAACAGCGCUCCACUCGCACCUGAGUGCUAUAUCAAUUCAGCCCCUCUGACGACUCGACCUACUCCACUAUCAGUCAACACAGCAUACACACGACAAAUAGCAAAGACGACGACCUCCCAGAGCGCAGACAGCCACCACGCAUCCAUAUACUGCCGCAUUAAAAAUGCAACGGCGUACGAUAGAAAUAACACAACAGAAGUGCUUCCGGGUUGUGGUCCCCAUAUAGCAGGAGAGAGAGGACCCUGUGUGGGGAUACAGGAUGGCAACAUCAGACUACCCCAGAAUUCCUAUGGUUCUCAUACCAAAGGCACACAGCCCUUUCUGGGGCAGGUUCAUCCAGGAGACAAGCCUUUUGACUGUCCACAUUGUUCCUACAGUUCUGCUACUAGGGACUACUUGAAGAUCCAUAUACGCACACACACAGGAGAGAAGCCUUUCCAAUGCCCUCACUGCACUUUCAGAGCUGCUCAGAAAAAUAAUCUUAAUAGGCAUCUGCGCAUUCAUACAGGAGAAAAACCAUAUGCUUGUAAUAUUUGUCCAUAUAGAUCAUCCCAGAAGAAUAAUUUGAAGAGUCAUUUACUAACACAUAGAUCUCAAAGUGAUGUGGAAAAUAUUAUGUGAAAAGUUGAAAUUUGGGAGCAUACAUGUGUUACUUUGAAAGUCUUAUUGAAUGAUAUAAGCAUCAAUAAAUUUAUGUUAAAGCUGUAACUAAAGCAGAUGAUAAAAGUUUAAAUUAAUUUGUAUGUUUAAUUCACUGUAGUGAAAUAUAAUAUUAUUUUGUAUGAAAUAUAAUACUUUGAAAAGGAAAAAAAAAUCAUUUGAAUUAUCAUAAAUUACUGAUCCCACUAAACCAUAUCAUCAUUAAAUUUAUAUUUCUAACCAUUUUCAUUUUGUUUCCCUUUGUAUCAUAUAUUUAGUAAAAAAAAUGAAAGUUUCAUUUAUCAGAAUGAUUUUUGGGGAGGGGAAUUAUUUUUGCAUCAACUUGUAAGAUAUGUGAUGAAGCCAAAUUUACCAGAUACCUUCAGAAAACAUUGAUGAAAAAAACAGAAGCCUAUAUUUUUUCCUUAUUUUUCCUAACCAUAACACUAAAUAUUGAAGAAAAGUAAUGUUCCUUAUGUUUGAAAUAGCUUUAAAAGAUUUUUUUAAUGAAAUUUACCAUGAACACAUAAAUAUUUG